AUGUUACUCGGACAGCGGCUCAUCUCAGGAGAGAUGCAGCUCACUGAGUUGCAGCUUGAAAGCACACUGGAGGGAUACCUCGUGCGACUUGAUAAAGUCGAGGCUCAUGACAGAGACAAUACGGCACCCCAGCCAUCCGGCGACGGAGAUGCCCCAGACCAGACCACAAAUAGAGGAGAUGGAAAUGAAGGAGCGGAAUCAACCCCUGUUGGCGCGACUAAGCGACGGGCGCGGGACAUGGAGGAAGAAGAUGAGGUUGAGUUGUAUCGAGCCUGUAAGCGACCCAACCCAUCGCUCUACGCCUGGGCAGCCGAGAGCUUCCUCAGAGAAAUGGUCAUCGACCCGGGAACCUGGAAGACAUUGGAACUCAUCAGAGAAUACUCAAAGGAUAUCAAAUAUGCGCGAGAUUCACUCACCUGCACUAUUGGCGCACCUGAGUUCCCCAAAGGAGAGUGGCUCAAUGUCCUUGCUGGCAAUGCCGUUGACCUCGAUCAUGUCCUCACGGGAGAGUACUCCAGUACUGCCGAAAGAAAGGAAGUCGGGAAGGUUGGGUCUUUGGAAUUCACCAUUCCAAGCACUACCCCCAAACAAAAGGUCCGCGACUCAAGUGAAUGGCUGCUUGCUUGGCAAAAGACUUUGGAUGCUGUCAGCUUUGCCUUCCCACACCGAAAGCUUGAACUCCAGCUCUACAGACAGAGUAUCUUCCGGCAGUUCAAAGCAAUUGCAUCCCAGUAUCACGGAAGAGUCAUCGAGUUUGAUCGCGCCAUUAGAAAGAGAACCUCCACACCCAGUACAUUGAUUCAUGUGGAGCAAAUAUUGCCAGAAGCUCUGGAGGAGGAAGCCGAAACUCCCGUUUUGGCCGAACAGGAGAACAUGCUUCGGGAAAGGCUUCAGCAGAGGAAACUUGUGACUGGUGGAAUGCAGGGAAAUGUAACAAAACCAGAGAGCAGUGUCGCUUCAAGCACAACUACGCCAAAUGUGGACAGCGUACCCAUACCGCACGUGAAUGCACCACUUAGGGAUAUGAAUGUUCGACGACCUUGUUACCGGAGGAAUUGGAUCUGGGCAGAGCAUGAUGGGUAUCCUCGUCAAAUGGUUGCUCAAGCCUCUCUUUCUUUGCCUCCCAUACCUGAAGUACCUGAAGAAGAGAAGUCAGACUUUCAAGUCACAACUACUUUGGAUUUAUACUCUCACCUCUUCACUGUGAUCACUCCAAUCAAUGUUGAUCGCUUUGAAUCCCUGCUCGAAAGUCAUCCCAACCAACCUUUUGUUAAGUCAGUCUGUCAUGCACUCCGUGAAGGUUUUUGGCCCUGGGCAAAUACCAUGUGUUCUCGUUAUCCUACAGGUUGGGAGGAAUUGCGCCCACCUCCUGUUGACGAGCACAUCAGGCAGUUUCUACGGGACUAA